UCCCUCUCCCCUUUUUUUUUCCCUCUCCCCUUUUUUUUUCCCUCUCCCCUUUUUUUUUUUUCUCUCCCCCUUUUUUCUUUAAUUGUUUUUGGUUGUCGUCGUUGCUGGCAACGGGCGGAGGCGCGGGCCGGCGCAGCCCCCCGCGGGAGGCGGCGGGACUUGUGGUCCCAGCGCGGAGACUGGCGCAUGCCACAGCCCGCCUCGGCCCCGCCGCCGCCUUCCCCCCGCCGCCCGCCGCCUGCCGCUGCCCGCCGCCGCGUCUCGGCUCCCGGCCCCUUCAUGCGCGGCGGACGACAUGCCCGUUUUGUAGCCGGGGGCCCCUCCUCUCGUCCCGUAUGUUCAGGACCAAACGCUCGGUGCUCGUUCGGCGGCUUUGGCGGAGCCGUGCGCCCGGCGGCGAGGAGGAGGAGGAGGAGGAGGAGGAGGCGGCGGCGGCGGCGGCGGCGGCCGAGGCGGCCGAGGCCCGGGCGCAUGUCUGCGGCGGGGGGCGCGGGUGCUGCCCGGGCAAGGCGGGCCGCGGCGGCCGGGCGGCCGCGGGCGCGGAGGCGGAACUGAAGGCGCUGACCCACGCCGUGCUGAAGCGCUUGAAGGAGCGGCAGCUGGAAGGGUUGCUGCACGCCGUGGAGUCCCGCGGCGGGGCGCGGACCCCCUGCCUGCUGCUGCCCGCCAAGGCCGACUCCCGGCUGGGCCAGCACUGGUACCCGUUACCGGUGCUGCUCUGCAAGGUGUUCCGCUGGCCCGACCUCCGGCACUGCUCCGAAGUGAAGCGGUUAUGUUGCUGUGAAUCCUACGGCAAGGCUCACCCCGAGCUCGUUUGCUGCAACCCGCACCACCUCAGCCGGCUCUGCGAGCUAGAGUCUCCCCCUCCACCCUACUCCAGAUACCCAAUGGAUUUUCUCAAACCAACUGCAGAUUGUCCAGACUCUGUGCCUUCCUCCACUGAAACAGGGGGAACUAAUUGUCUAGCCCCUGGGGGGCUUUCAGAUUCCCGAGUUCUUCAGGAGCCGGGGGAUCGGUCACACUGGUGCGUGGUGGCAUACUGGGAAGAGAAGACACGUGUGGGUCGGCUGUACUCUGUCCAAGAGCCCUCCCUGGAUAUCUUCUAUGAUCUACCUCAGGGGAAUGGUUUCUGCCUCGGACAGCUCAACUCGGACAACAAAAGCCAACUGGUACAGAAGGUCCGCAGCAAGAUCGGCUAUGGCAUCCAGCUCACCAAGGAAGUGGACGGCGUGUGGGUGUACAACCGCAGCAGUUACCCCAUCUUCAUCAAGUCGGCCACACUGGACAACCCCGACUCCAGGACGUUGCUGGUUCACAAAGUGUUUCCAGGUUUUUCCAUCAAGGCUUUUGACUACGAGAAGGCGUACAGCUUGCAGAGACCCAACGACCAUGAGUUCAUGCAGCAACCAUGGACCGGAUUUACUGUUCAGAUCAGCUUUGUGAAAGGCUGGGGACAGUGCUACACGAGACAGUUUAUCAGCAGUUGCCCGUGCUGGUUGGAGGUUAUUUUUAAUAAUUGAUGACUCAAGACAGAGUGGAUUCAUCACAUUUACACUACUUUGCUGCUAUUAUUUCCUUCUGAGUACUUGCUUUUCAUGCAAACUUUUUUGUUUUGUUUUGUUUUAUUUGUUCCCCCCCGCCGCCCCAUUUUGAGAAAUAGCUUAUGGAAAGAUUUUUUUUUGCCUUGGGUAUUUUGAUAAAUAUAUCUAUUUUUUAAAAGUAUGAAUGACCAAUAACUCAGAAGGGUGAGAGAAGGGUGCGGGGGGGUGGAUUGCAUACAAUAAUUAUUUCACGCCUCUGAAAGGAUUAUCCUAUGUGAUUGAUGGAUUCAGAAGCCACUUGCUAUAUGUUACAGCUUCUUCUCUUGGAUAAAACAAGAUACCUGUAUUUUUUACGCACCACCUUCCCCUUGCCACCAGCCGUCCCUGGUGAUGGUGACACCAAGACCCCUUCCCCAGUGGUGCUAACCCCAUGUUGCCACUGAAGGAUGGUGCAAACCCUUCCCAACCAGGUCUUUACCCACCCUUUUAAUUUUUAUUUUCUUUUUCUUUUUGCUGAAUUCACGUCUUGUCACUGUGUUCAUCCUUCCAUUGCUUUUUUGUUUAUGGUCAUGGAUUGAUGCAAGGGGAGAAAACAACAGCGGAGGAACCCUGUGCAUAGCCCGUGCUUUAUAAUUUGAGCUGAGAUGCGAAGCGACAGAAGCCUAAGCCUAAAAGAAAACCAAACCAAGCCAGCAAAGAAAUGAAAACAAAUGGGAAAACAAAAGAAAAAGUGUUCACAAUAGUUGGUCUGUUGUAACCUGCUUAGAUCAGGUUAUCCUGCUACCAUCCUAUCUGGAAAUGCAGUUGUGCUUUCAUUUCUUCUUGAAUUCAUACACGAGUAUGAUACUUUUACACUGUUCUUGGCUCAAUGAGCAUGUCUAGACCUUAACAUAAGCUAUUUUUCUAAAUAUAAAGGUUUAAAUGAACAAGAGAACAUUCUCAUUGGAACUUCAGCAUUGUAGUCCUUUGGAAAUAAAACACACACAAUAAAAGGACUCCUUAAAGAAACCCUGAGAUUUAUUAAAGAAAAAAAUGUAUUUUAUGUUAUAUAUAUAUAAAAUUACUUGUAAAUAUAAAGACAUUUUAUAAGCAUAAUUAUUUAUGUAUUGUGCAAUGUGUAUAAACGAGAAAAAAAAAAGAUGCACUUUGCUUUAAUAUAAAUGCAAAUAACAAAUGCCAAAUUAAAAAACAAAAAGAACACAACAUUGGUGUUUUUUUCUAUGGGUGUUAUCAUCCAGAUGAAUGUUUUUUUUCUAAAGGAGUUUAUGUUCCAUUAAAAAAUAAAAACAUACACUUGA